AUGGCCAUAUGUGCAAAAGAGAAUCCACAAGGAACUGAACCACUCAUGACCUCUCGGUUACCAGAUUUUCCUUGGCAAGUCGUGAGAACGGACUUAAUGGAGUUAAAUGGAGCUCACUAUCUUGUUGUCAUUGACUACCUCUCGAGAUAUCCAGCACUUAUCAAGUUGACGUCCACCACAGCCUUAGCGGUAAUUCAAGCCUUGAAGUCUGUUUUUGCCCGUCACGGUAUCCUCCAUAUUCUCAGGAGCGACAACGGACCUCAGUAUACCGCUCGAGAAAUCAAAGAGUUCACCAAAGCUCAUGGAUUUGUCAUGAUAACCAGCAGCCCUAGGUAUCCACAAAGCAACGGACUCGUGGAGCAAAUGGUCAAAUCCAUCAAACAACUACUGUACUGA